UGUGUGUGUGUGUGUGUGUGUGUGUGUGUGUGUGUGUGUGUGUGUGUGUGUGUGUGUGUGUGUGUGUGUGUGUGUGUGUGUGUGUGUGUGUGUGUGUGUGUGUGUGUGUGUGUGUGUGUGUGUGUGUGUGUGUGUGUGUGUGUGUGUGUGGUGGUGUCUCUCAGCAGAGAGAAUAGGGAGGGCCACAUAUAAAGACAGGCACAGUGGACAGUAUGUGACAGUCACUGCCACAUACUGACAGAUGAAAGAGUGUGUGUGUGUAAGACAUGGUUAAUGUCAGCAGUUGGCAGUUUGAUAGAGUCAUGUUGUCAUGAAAGAUGUGAAUUGAAGAAUUACCAAAUGCUGGCUCCUCCCCCUCCUUGUGCUCAGCCAGCUGUGCUGUCUCAGUGGACGCACAGCACAUCACUUCUCCGUCAGAGUCAGCUCUCCCUGGGGUCCUUUACCACCGCGUGUAGGUCUGUUUCUUUGGGAAAUGUACAAUUUUGUUCCUGCUUUUGCAUAUAUUCCUAUAUAUCUCUGGAAGGGAACACAUCUAUUACAAACCUGAGGGAGUUGGGGAGGCAUCACCAUGAUUUGGAAGUACUCAACUUUAAAAAACUGAGAUACUUUGGGAGGAACUACAACCAAUUUUUCAAAAUGUUAGACUUGGAGUGAAGACUAUUUCGUCAGAUGACCAAUAACUUCAUUAAUGACUAAUGUGGGAGUCUGGAUUACAUACGUUUGCUUUUACUUUAAAACCUGUACUAUGAAUCAUGGAGGAAAACACACCAUUUCCAAACGCUGAGUACAAUGACAGCAACACCGUUUGGGCCCAGAUGCCCUCAGCUUCCAGCAGACAGCUGGGCCUCCUUCCCAACCCGCAGAUACGAUUCAAGGACCUGACAGGGAUAUUUUUCAUGGUGACCCUGAAUGUUCUGGCACUUCUAGCCAACACUGCUGUUCUGGUGGUUGUCAUAAAAGCCCCUCAUCUAAGGAAAUUUGCCUUUGUGUUCCACCUGUGUGCAGUGGACCUGCUGUGUGCCAUCCUACUCAUGCCUCUUGGGAUUGUGUCCAGCUCUCCGUACUUUGCUGGUGUAGUGUUUACUGUUCUGGUGUGUAAGGUCUAUGUCUUCCUCAAUGUUUUCCUCAUAGCUGCCUCUAUCUUCACCAUCACAGCUAUCAGUGUGGAGCGUUACUACUACAUCGUCCACCCAAUGCGCUAUGAGGUCAAGAUGACGCUGAAGCUGACUACAGCCGUAAUAGUGAUGGUGUGGGUGGCCUCUGCUGUGCUGGGGCUAUCCACCUUGUUUGGUUGGCCGUCUUACAGCAGCCUGAGUUCCAUCAGUGCCUCUCACUGCUCGCUGCACUGGAGCUACAGUGACCACAGACAAGUCUUCUCUGUGUUCUUCAGUGUCUGCUGUUUUUGCCUUCCUGCUAUAGUGAUCUUUGCAGUCUACUGUAAUGUGUACAAGGUGGCCCGUGUGGCUGCCCGCCAGCAUGGACCUCUGCCCUUGUGGACUAACAGCCAAGCAAAGCAUCGCUCUGACUCAAUAAACAGCCAGACUACCAUCAUCACAACCCGCAACGCCCCACGUAGGAUUAUGCGAGACCGGCCUUUUGGUGGAGGUAAAGCAGCUCUCACCCUGGUGGUUAUUGUUGGCCAGUUUCUGAUCUGCUGGCUGCCUUACUUUGCCUUUCACAUCCAUCUGACACUAGACGCGACACCCACGAUUCCUGAUUAUUUGGAAGAAACAGUCACCUGGAUGGCAUACACCUCCUUUGCUAUCAACCCGUUUUUUUAUGGGCUUCUUAACAGGCAGAUCAGGGAGGAACUUUGUAAGCUGAGGCGCUGCUACACAGCCCGGCCAGUGGAGCUGGCCGUCUCCAGCCAUGAAGGCUCAGGCAACGAAAACUUCCUGCAGUUCCUCCAUAGGACCAGCUGCACAGCAGAGACACGUGCAAGCUUUGCUAUUUCCAGUCCUAGAACCACUCUGGAUCAAACAGGCCAGACCAGUUUCAGGAUACCAGGGCAGAUCCCAGAAGAGUUCAGUUAGAUAUACGUACCUCACAGUUGUACCACAGCGUUAGUAUCCAGUAAGGCUACUUCAUACUGUGUGCAAUACUGUGCACUAUAUCUGUAAAGUGUAUCUGAAUACAGUAAAAGAUAAGUUAGAGCAUCAAGAAAUGAACUCUGGAUGAAAUCUGACAUACUGUGUACCUUUUGAGAUUGCUCUCAGCAACGUUAUGGACAUAAAUGAAAGUAUUGUUACUGUACUUAUGGUAAAACUAUUAUGGAUAAAGCUAUUAAUCUCAUAAGAAACCCUUGUUUUUACUAGCUACUGAAGUCACUUUUUAUUUGCAAUCAUUGCAUCUAUGUAAUUAAAGUAAUGAGCACAAAUAUCCAGAUUAUACUUGAAUGUUGAGUGAGCAGUCAUUCAUUUUUCAUAAGUUCGUACGGCUACUUAUUUUUCUCCAUAUGACAGCAGUUUUCAGAAGUAAUUCAGUGCUGUAUGUUGUAUUUAUGU